GAAGAAGUCUCGGAACAAACUUUGUUAUGCCAAACAGCCUCCAGAUCUGGAUGUGUUGAACCGCUGCGUCUGUACCGGGGGACUGAAGUCUGCUGUCCGCGCGUCAACAUGCAAACUGUUUCUGCACGUCUCAGGGAGAUAUAGGUCUGUCCCUGAGCGCACACGCCUCCUCUGAACGUAACACAGUCAUGUUGUAGCGUUAAAACACAAUUUGCAUCAAGUACAGUUAAACUUCGAGAGAGAGAGAGAGAGAGAGAGACGGAGAGAGAGAGAGAAACCGCCUCAUUGUGCAGGAUUCCCCAUGCGGGCAACAUCUCCAGGCGGACAUCGCUGAAACCACAUCAUGUUUGACUAUAUGGAAUUUCAGUCUUUCGGUCCCGGAGAGAUCGUGGACUUCUACAGCUCACCCAGUCCCAUCUGCAUGCUGCAGGAGCAGGAGCAGGAUCUGGCAGCCUUCUUCCCCGAGCUGAUCGAGUCGGACUGGCAGGAGAGCCGGUGCUCGCAAUCAGUGGGCAGCCAGAGCUCCAGCUCCAGCUCCAGCUCAGAUGAUCUCUUCACCAGCCCCCCCUCGCCGCCUCCACCUCCUCGCACUUACAAGCCCUGCUUUGUGUGUCAAGACAAGUCCUCAGGCUACCACUAUGGAGUCAGCGCCUGUGAGGGCUGCAAGGGCUUCUUCCGCCGCAGCGUGCAGAAAAACAUGGUGUACACCUGUCACCGCGACAGAAACUGUAUCAUCAACAAGAUCACCAGGAACCGCUGCCAGUACUGCCGGCUGCAGAGGUGCUUCGCUGUGGGGAUGUCGAAGGAGUCGGUGAGAAACGACAGGAACAGGAGGAAGGGGAAGAAAGAAGCGGUGAAGAUGACGAUCAUGGAGACGUACGAGCUGACGGCGGAGCUCGGCCUGAUAGUGGAGAAGAUCUGCAGGGCUCACAGAGAGACCUUCCCCUCCCUUUGCCAGCUGGGAAAAUACACCACGAACUCCAGUUCAGACCACAGGAUCCAGCUGGACCUCGGGCUGUGGGACAAGUUCAGCGAGCUCGCCACCAAGUGCAUCAUCAAGGUGGUGGAGUUCGCCAAGCGGGUGCCGGGUUUCACCGGCCUGACCAUCGCUGACCAGAUCACUCUGCUCAAAGCCGCCUGCCUGGACAUCCUGAUCCUGAGGAUUUGCACUCGCUACACUCCUGACCAGGACACCAUGACCUUCUCCGACGGGUUGACCCUGACCCGCACUCAGAUCCACAACGCCGGAUUCGGACCGCUGACGGAUCAGGUUUUCACUUUUGCCGGGCAGCUGCUGCCUCUGGAGAUGGACGACACAGAGAGCGGGCUCCUCAGCGCCAUCUGCCUCGUCUCUGGAGAUCGACAGGACCUGGAGGAGCCGUCCAAGGUGGAGGUGCUUCAGGAGCCGCUGCUGGAGGCGCUGAAGAUCUACUCCAGAAAAAGGCGACCCAGCAUGCCCCUCAUGUUCCCCAAGGCCCUCAUGAAGAUCACUGACCUGCGCAGCAUCAGCGCUAAAGGGGCUGAGAGAGUGGUGACGCUAAAGAUGGAGAUCCCGGGCUCCAUGCCUCCCCUGAUCGAGGAGAUGCUGGAGGAUCUGCAGAACCUGGAGAAACACCAGAAGAAACAGUCGGAGGAGAGCCGAGCGGAGCAAAACACCAGCCAGCACACACGCACCGCCUCCUCGCAGCGCAUGAACUCCUCCGCUUCUUUACUCUGAAGCUGCUCAAAGAACAUUUCGUCCGUCUUCCCUCCCCAGAGAAACCGCUCGCUACAUAAAGUACAGAUGCAGUCCAGAGGGUUACUAGUGUCUUACCUCAGUCUUUGGUCGGAGAACUGUCAGUGAGUAUUCGCAGAUUGAUGAAGAAAGAUAAAGAUGCAGUAAUGUCUUAAUCAGUCACAGUUUCUUUCUUUUUUUUAACCCUUGGUCGCAGUCACCUCGUAACCAUUGAGAAUCAAUCUCAGCUGUUCUUUACCUGGUUUUUACUGUAUUUAUAUGUGCAUGAGAUAUCACAUGGAUUAAUUUUUUUACCUCAUUGAAUAACGCCUUUAGCAUUAGCGUAGCAACGAUAGGCAAACAUAUUGAAUGGACUUUUUUUU